CGGAGCUUUCCAUCCAUCACUAUCCCUAAGACUCUCCAAAGCCUCGCUUUCAGAGAAGUUGAGCACAAGAGAAUUAGCUUCAGCGUUACUGAUGACUCAGUAUUUGCACAUGUUUUCCCCUUUGUUUCUUGAUUGUUUGAGCUUGAAUUAUCGUGUCUUUGGCCUAUUUUAUGCUAGGUUGUGUUCCUUUGUCACAUUUCAGGUCCUAGCACAUAAAGUGAAGCAUAGGCGCAAGUUUCAAGUCAAUCAGAGAUCAAUUGACGAUUCGGGAGAAGAAACUCGGGUAUGACCUGAAGAAGAAUGGAUUUCUACCUCACUUUAUGGACAAAGAAUCAUGCAAGCUUGUCAUGAAAAGAAAGAGAACGAGACUACGAGCGUCUGGGAUCAAACGAUGACUGAUUCGGAGCCCGGACGUGGGAGAAACGAAGCAUUAAACAGAGGCUGAGCAAGCCACACGGGCACAACCCACACGGCCGUGUGACCUGGCCAUGUGGCCGUGUGGAAAUCACCGAGCCUUCACACGGGCAGUUGGGAAAGCCACACGGCCGUGUGUCCUGGCCGUGUGAGUCGGGAAUUGCUGUUUAAAACCCUAUUUUCAGCAAAAGGAAAGGGGGAGAGCUGGGUUUUGGAUCCCAAUCACCCAAGGGACGAACCCUAGAGAUAGAGAGCGACUUGGGAACAUUCUUGGAGUUAUUUUGGAGGAUUUCUUCGCCAUUGGAGCUCGGGAAUCAAGCUUGGAGAUGGAGAUUGAAGAUCUAGAUCAGAUUUCUGCAGUCUCUCUCUUCUCUAUGGAGUAACUUCCCUUCACUUAGGUUUUGAGGAACCUUAGUUCCAUGAGUUAGGAUCUUUCUUGUAUGAAGUUUUGGAUGCUAUAUUGUUUGAUUAUAAUCGAAUGAUGCAUGUUUAUUGAGUCAAUUGAAGUCUAAUCAACUUUUCCUGAUUCCUGCUGCAAUCUGAGAUAGAUAGAAUCUGAUUAGGUUGCUAGAGUCUCAUCAUUCGGUAGUAGGAGAUUGGCUAUACGAGAGUUAGCCAGUUUACUGCUUUGUACUGGAAUCCAAUUCCAGUAGUGGAGUUCUGUGCUUAUUGCUUCAGCUUUCUAUCCCGGUGAAGACUAGUCGUCUGCCGGAUAGUUAGACUGAGAGGGUUUGGUCAGCUUAAGAGAUUCCAAGCUACUGUCGGAUCUUCCGCAGUUUAAUCAACAGUAAAUCAACCAAAAGGAAUUACAACUUGGACCUAAUUGAGGAGCUAGGGGGAAUCAUACCUAAGUGAGUUCCCAAACUGUAAUUAGUAGUUUUACUUAGUUUAGUUAGUAGAGUAGUUUAGUUAAUCAAUCCUUAAUCUAGUUUGCUAGAUAAUGAACUGAAGCUGAGUAAUAGUAACUCUAGAGACCCAUGGAUUCGAUAUUUAUUACUUGUGCCACUAUACUGCGGUCCCUUUCAUUGGUUACACUUGGCCAUUGUUAGGUGUUGUGUUUUAGAGCAUCAAGUUUUUGGCGCCGUUGCCGGGGACUUUCUAGAGUAUUAGGAAAGGCAGAAGUUUGUUACUUUAGCGUUUUUCUUUUCUUUUCUUUUCCACCCUUGCUUUUCACUUGGGUGUUUUUGUUUUUGUUGGUGCGGAUAUGAAUCAUGGAUCCUAAUGGCUUCUCCAAUCAUUGGGGGUAUCCACCACCAUCCGGGUGGUAUUACCCUGCGACUCCCUACAGCAAUCAAGGAGGAGAAGACUAUGGAUUCGGGUUCCAGUACCAACCCCUUUACUACGGAGAACAAUCAGACCCCUGGGCAUAUCAAGAACAACCUCAUUACCAAGAAGACUUUCUCCCACAACCAGAAGGGCAAUCGGAGCUGGAGUUACCCAUGGCGGCCUUUACGGGCCACUCUGCAGAGCCAUGCUACACUUCACUGGAGGAUCCGAACGAACAAUUAAGGCUUCUCGUGGAGCAGUUUGCUCGAGACACUGAGAAAUCAUGCUCCAAGAUGGAUAUUCAAAUCAAAGCCCUUGCCACUUCCGAUCCCUCAUUUCUCCAUGAUAUGGAGGAGACUGUUCAACACUCAGCGAAGCGAACAGAGUGGGUGAAGCAAGUUUGCUCACAUCUUGCUCAAGAUCACCUUUCUGCUGCCACGCUAGAAGAGGUGGAGGAUGACAAAGGCUAUGGGAGCGUUGAGGAGCAUACAGAAGUUAUCACAGAGAACUCCCAUGAUAACCAUGAUCAGGAAAGUCCUUUGGUUGCAGACCACACCUUUCCUCAAUUAUGCUCUAACAUGCUGGGCCCGUGCGAGGAGAUGCAAGAUGAUCCCAUUGAAGAAAUUGCUUGGCGACUUGCUCUCCAAUCUGUUCUAGAAGAAGAAGAGCGAGCAAGGAUGAGGAAGGAAGUUGUGGAUGAUGAGGAAGAAAGAAAAGAAGAGUUGGUUCUUGAUCUUUUCCCAGGGGAGAGACCACAUUUUGAAGAAGGAAGGGGGGUUGAGGAAGCAAUUGGCGUCCAGGCUGAGGAUGAAGUUGAGGUGGAAGAGGCAUGCACCGGCCAUGAGUUGCAAGUAAUAUCCCCACCAAACUUUGAGGAACUGCUUGGCAAGGACCCAUUUGUAGUGUCUCUUUGCCAGACCAAGGCCACAUCGACAUCGGUCCCUCUUGGUGGACGUGAUGGUGGUCGGUCGAUGCUGUCAUAUCUGGUUUGGGGCAAUGAGACGAGAGAAGAGAAGAAGAGGUCUCGAGGGUGGAGACUUCAUCUGCAUCAAGUACAUGAGCCUUCAUAACCUGCCACACCACAUGCUCGUGACUUGAGACUCCACCUCAUCGACGAGAACCUCAACUUCAAGGAGGUUCUAGCAUGGACCGAAACUUAGGAGCCAUCGUCCGGCUCACGACGUGAAAAAAGCGCUUGUUGGGAGGCAACCCAACCAGUCGGUUUGCAUUUCUUUCUCUAUUUCUCCUCGGUUGAGUCAGUUUUGUUAUUUGAUUUUUAGAGUCAAUAACUCAACCUUUGUGAGAUUUUGUGUGGUGUUUGUGUUCUGAUUACUCUCUCUUCCUGGAAUGCACUGCCUGACCCGUACAUCAUCAUUCACCCUUGAUCUGGUAACUUCGUUCUACCCUCCUUAUCUUUCCUCCAUUGAGGACAAUGUCGUGCUUAAGUGUGGGGGGGUGUUCGAUUAUGUAUGCGGGUGAAUGUUUGGCUGUUUGUGUGCUUGGAGCCUAGUUCAUUGUCCAAAUUUUUAAAUUUGAGGGCUCCAAGUAUGUGUUUCCUUGCAAAUUGCCUGCUCAGUAUGCUUUGAAUUGACAGUCUCUAUAGUAAUGUGCAACCUAGGGAGGUAGUGUAGCACUAUGGAGGAUGUUGAAGUAUAAGAUUUUUCCUAUCUAGCUCUCUGUUGUGCCAGUUGAUUUUGUGAAUUAGUGGAGCUAAGACCGUUGAAUUCAUGUGGUAAUGGUGACUCUGUUUGGAUUAUGUUAUGGACUCGUGUAUCGAACAUGGUGCUCAUAUGGAAAAUGGGAAGCAGUUGGUCCUCCAUGUCAAAAUCAUUAAAUCUUAAACAUGGGGUAAGCCCAACGUGUGCGGCACCGUUCAUUGCACAAAAUCGGGUUUUGGAAGAGAUUUUAGUGAUCCUUAGUGGGGUACUCCUACAAGGUGAAGCUAAGUUGUCUCUAGUACAAGUAAAACUUCCACCCGUUGAACAGUUUGCCUACUUGAGGAUGUGUUUUUAAGGGCACGGAUAGAACUUCCGACCCCCCUUAAUUUCAUUGACCCUCCACAUGAGUUGAGGAAAAGGAGUUAAAAGAAGUACUUUGGCGAGCUCCAGAUGUACAUAAAUUGCUCUUGCUCGACUAAUAAGGGUCGACCGUGCAAAAGACUGCAGUUGGAACCCCACCAAAUGAAAGAAAAAAUGUAAAUGAAAGUGAGAAAAAGGGGUUCCAACGGUGAAAUGAAGUGAAAGAGCACCCCGGUACAACGAAUCCUUGGUUGUGAAUGGUGUGAGUCCCUUUAUCCAUGAACUGACUGUCUUACUUCUACUUUUUCUCAUGAUCCUCGCUUGAGUCUAGUACUCGCAUUGAGAGAGAUAGGGAACGUCUUAGAAGACCAGUUGACCUCGUAAGCUGCUAUAUGAUCUAGGAAAUCCUCUACCGAUGAUCGGGGUUGUAUGUUGCUAUAGAGCUCUGGAGAGCUGCAUUGGUUUGAGUUAGGUUUGCUUGGGGACAAGCAAACAGUUAAGUGUGGGGGGAUUUGAUGACUCAGUAUUUGCACAUGUUUUCCCCUUUGUUUCUUGAUUGUUUGAGCUUGAAUUAUCGUGUCUUUGGCCUAUUUUAUGCUAGGUUGUGUUCCUUUGUCACAUUUCAGGUCCUAGCACAUAAAGUGAAGCAUAUGCG